AUGGUUAAGGUUACGGAUACUUUAGAGCCAGGGCCCUCUUCAAGUCAUGAUGCAGCCAGAGAGGAGGCCAGAGAUAUUCAAAUAGAAGAAGAGGUUAAGGAUGACAGUGCAAGUAGUGACAGCAGCACAGAUGACGAGGAGGAAACAGUGAAGAGCAAGGAACAAUGUGAGAUGGAGAUGAGGGACAUUUCAGGCACUGAGUCACAUACACUGCUUUCAGAACCAGAUGAUCUGCUGUCAGUUGACCCAGGCUUGUGGCCAGCAAAGUUAAGCGUCAGUGACAGGGCAAUUAUUGUUAGAAAGUUGGCAACAAGGGAAGACAAAGAAAUGUCCAAAGAUUCAGAGGGAAAGCCAUUUCCAGACUACUUGAGGCAUCGCAUGGCAGAGAAAAGGGAGCAUGGCUGUGCUCUCUCUGGUGAUAAUAAACAGACAGAAAUCACACGACACAAAGGUGGUUCAGUGCUGUUACCCUGCUCCUGCUCUGACCUCAACACCAAACCUCAGAAAGUCACCUGGGAGACCAGCAGAACAGGACGUCUGACAGAAAUGUUAAAUGAUGAGCACUACCGUGGCAGAUUUAAGCUGUUUAAUAACAUUUCUCCUGCUAAUCUGUCUCUGCUCCUAUCUGACCUGAGAGAAGAGGAUGGGGGAGUCUACAGGUGCAGCACUGGAUUGCAGGAACACAGAGACAUCAGGCUUUAUAUUAAAGGCUGUGAGCUGGUGAAGGCAGGGUUAGAGGCGGUGACUGGGUUCACAGGAGAGUCUGUAGUUCUGCCCUGCGUCUGCACUGACCUACAGGACAAACCAAAGUCUGUAAAAUGGGCGUUUAGAAGAGAAUCUGGAACAAAUUAUCAGGAAAUUUACCCUGAACAGACUGGACAUCACAGGAACAGAGUCAAACUGGUCAGUAAAAACCCUCCAGGAAACCUCUCUCUACUCAUACCAGACCUGACUGAAGAGGAUCAGGGAGAGUACAGAUGUUCUGCACAGACUGAUCACAGAUAUUUCAGACUAUCUGUUAAAGGUACAUUUGUUCAUUAAUGACCG